AUGGAACAACUGCUGGAAGACAGUUCAGUUCCAGCUAGACAUAUAGAAAGAAACUUUAACAUUGAUGGCUCUUCCCUCUCUAACCAUGGGAUAGGAGAUCCAAUGAUUCAAGUACGGAUAAAUGUUGCAAUGAUGCUGGUGGGCUUGGAUGGAAAGGAGAAGAAGCGGUUUUGGGAGGCUUUGGAUGAGGUGGUGAGAGACAUGCCUAGCUCUGAGAAAAUUAUGGUAGCAGGAGAUUUUAAUGGUCACAUAGGGGUGUUACCGGGAGGCUAUGGCGAUGUGCAUGGUAGGUAUUGUUUUUGGGAGAAGAAUGAUCAGGGAGUGGCUUUGUUGGAUUUUGUGAGGUCCUUUGGGAUGGCGGUAAUGAAUUCGAGCUUUCCAAAAAAGGAGGAUCACCUAACGAAGCGCAAUAGCUAA